AGAGGAGACUUUUCUACUGAACAAAGAAACCAACAGGAGAGAUCAGAGUCAGAGAUUCUCAGUGGUCAGUCUUCCCAGAGUCAUCAAACAGACCUGGCCUCCAUAUUCAGUUUGCUUGAAGAGAAAAUUAUGACAUUUGUGAAGAACGAGCUGAAGAUGUUCAAGAGGAUUCUUAGUCCAGAACUCCCAGAAGGCUUUGAGAGUCAGAAGCAGGAUAAGGAAGUGGUGGACGCUGAAGAUGAGCAGCAGGAGAGCAGUGCCAGAGAGGGGGCUCUGAAGAUCACACUGCACAUCCUGAGGAAAAUGAACCAGAAGGAGCUUGCUGACACACUGGAGAAAUAUGAGCUUGCUGUGAUUUGCCAACGUGAACUCAAAUCUAAUCUAAAGAAGAAGUUUCAAUGUGUAUUUGAGGGGAUCGCUAAACAAGGAAACCCAACACUUCUCAAUAAGAUCUACACAGAGCUCUACAUCACAGAGGGUGGAACAGGAGAGGUCAAUAAUGAACAUGAGCUGAGACAGAUUGAGACAACAACCAGGAAACAAGCAAGACCAGAGACUGCAAUCAAAUGUAACGACAUCUUCAAAUCCUUAACUGGACAAGACAAACGUAUCAGAACGGUGCUGACAAAGGGAGUCGCUGGCAUUGGAAAAACAGUCUCUGUGCAGAAGUUCAUUCUGGACUGGGCUGAAGGAAAAGCAAAUCAGGAUGUCCAAUUUGUAUUUUCAUUCCCUUUCCGGGAGCUGAAUUUGAUGAAAGAGGACAAACACACUUUCAUUGAACUUCUUAAUCACUUCUCAAUGGAAACAAAACAAUCAAGAAUCUCCAGCUAUGACAAGUACAAAGUUCUGUUCAUCUUUGAUGGUCUGGAUGAGUGCCGACUGCCCCUAGACUUCCAGAAGAACAAGAUCUGUUGGGACGUCACAGAGUCAACCUCAGUGGAUGUUCUGCUGACAAAUCUCAUCAAGGGAAAUCUGCUUCCCUCUGCUCUCCUCUGGAUAACUACCCGACCUGCAGCAGCCAAUAAGAUCCCUUCAUGGUGUGUUGACCAGGUGACAGAGGUACGAGGGUUCAAUGACCCACAGAAGGAGGAGUACUUCAGGAAGAGAUUCAGGGAUGAGGACCUGUCCAGCAGAAUCAUCUCACACAUAAAGACAUCAAGGAGCCUCCACAUCAUGUGCCACAUUCCAGUCUUCUGUUGGAUUUCUGCAACAGUCCUUGAACACAUGCUGAAACAUAAGAGAGAAGAGAUGCCCAAGACUCUGACUGAGAUGUACACACACCUUGUUUUGUUUCAUACCAAACAGAAUAAUGAAAAGUAUCUUGGGAAAGAAGAGACAGGUCCACACUGGAAUAAAGAGAGCAUUCUGUCACUGGGAAAACUGGCUUUUCAACAGCUUGUGAAGGGCAAUCUGAUUUUCUAUGAAGAAGACCUGAAAGAGGCUGGCAUUGAUGUCAAUGAAGCCUCAGUGUACUCAGGAUUGUGCACACAGCUCUUUAAAGAGGAAUGUGGGCUGUACCAGUACAAGGUGUACUGCUUUGUUCAUCUGAGCAUUCAGGAGUUUCUGGCUGCUGUAUAUGUGUUCCUCUCAUUCAUCAACAACAAUGAGAAUCUAAUGGACAAACUGCAAACAAACGACGAGCCUGAAGUUACUUUCUACAAGAGUGCUGUGGAUAAAGCCUUACAAAGUGAGACGGGAAACCUGGACCUUUUCCUCCGCUUCCUUCUGGGCCUCUCACUGGAGUCCAAUCAGAAGCACUUACGAGGUCUACUGACAAAGACAAGAAGCAGCUCACAGAGCCAUGAAGAAACAGUCAAGUACAUCAAGAAGAAGAUCAGGGAGAAUCUCUCUCCAGAGAGGAGCAUCAAUCUGUUCCACUGUCUGAAUGAACUGAAUGACCAUUCUCUAGUGGAGGAGAUCCAAAGCUACCUGAGAUCAGGAAGUCUCUCAAAACCCAAACUGUCACCUGCACAGUGGUCAGCUCUGGUCUUUGUGUUGCUGACUUCAGAAAAGGAUCUGGAUGUGUUUGACCUGAAGAAAUACUCCAGAUCAGAGGAAGGUCUUCUGAGGCUGCUGCCAGUGGUCAAAGCCUCCAGAGCUGUUCUGCUGUCAGACUGUGGAGUCACAGAGGAAGGCUGUGCUUCUCUGGUCUCAGCUCUGAGGUCAAACCCCUCACACCUGAGAGAGCUGGACCUGAGCUACAAUCACCCAGGAGACUCAGGAGUCAGACUGCUCUCUGCUGGACUGGAGGAUCCACACUGCAGACUGGAGAAACUCAAGCUGUCAGGCUGUCUAGUCACAGAGGAAGGCUGUGCUUCUCUGGUCUCAGCUCUGAGGUCAAACCCCUCACACCUGAGAGAGCUGGACCUGAGCUACAAUCACCCAGGAGACUCAGGAGUCAGACUGCUCUCUGCUGGACUGGAGGAUCCACACUGCAGACUGGAGAAACUCAAUGUGGAACAUGGUGGAGAGAACAGAAUGAAACCUGGGCUUAGAAAAUAUGUCUGUGAUCUCACACUGGACCUAAACACAGUAAACAGACUCCUCUCUCUGUCUGAGGAGAACAGAAAGGUGACAUGUAGGAGAGAGGAGCAGCCGUAUCCUGAUCACCCAGAGAGAUUUGAGCACUGUGGACAGGUGCUGUGUAGAGAGGGUCUGACUGGGCGCUGUUACUGGGAGGUAGAGUGGAGUGGGAGGGGGGCUGAUAUAGGAGUGACAUAUAAAGGAAUCAACAGGAGAGGAGGGGUUAAGGACUGUUGUCUUGGAUGGAAUGACAAGUCCUGGAGUCUGAACUGCUCUGACAACAGUUACUCUGCCUGGCACAAUAAUAAUCCCACUACCAUAGACGUCCCCUCCUCCAGCUCCCACAGAGUAGGAGUGUAUCUGGACUGGCCAGCCGGCACUCUGUCCUUCUAUAGAGCCUCCUCUGACACACUGACCCACCUGAUCACAUUCACCUCCACAUUCACUGAGCCCCUCUAUCCAGGGUUUAGGGUUUAUGAUGACUUUGGGAUUUGGGACUCCUCAGUGUCCCUGUGCCAGUGAUACACACAUACUAUCUCACUCACACACAGACACACACACACUGGUUUCAUCUUUGGGGUGAUGGUGACUCAGUGUCCCUAAAAUAACAUGACACACACACACACACACAAUAAUAACCUGUAAAUAAUACACACACUGGAUACACACACACACUGGACUCACACACACACACACACACACACACACAC